AUGCGCGCGACGACGACGACGACGACAGCGACGACGACGACGACGACGACGACGACGCGCGCGAAGACGCGCGCGACCACGCGCGCGACGCGACGCGCGCACGUCGCGCGCGCGAACGCAUCGCCCGACGGGGACGCAACCAAAGCCGCGUGCGCGGGGUCGUGCGACUCGUGCGGGCUGGCGAAGGAGAAGAUGCAGUGCGAUGGGAGCGGGCGAAUCCAGGGCGGGAUGGGGGCGAUCCCGCUGUUCGCGUGGUGGCCGAUCAAGGCGUACAGACCGUGCCCGGGAUUGAUCGAUAACGGGGGGGUGUACACGCGAAAAGGCCAAGACGUGAACGCGAUUUUGUGGGGGGAAUCGGGGAAGGAUUAA